UCUACGACGACCGACGAUGGCCCCGACGCACAAAAUAUUGACGACGCCCGCCCCGGGCACCGAGAUCAAGCCGUGGAAGUACACCGAGGAGCAGCAGGCGCAGAUCACGGCAUUGAGAGAGUACGCGCAUACAUUGCUCUUGCCGGAGAGCGACCCGUAUCAUAAGUGGGAGCUGCGGUGGCUUACGAAGCCCGAUACGAUUCCGCGGUACAUGAGGGCUGCGAAAUGGAAGCUCGAGGACGGCAAGAAGCGCAUCAAGGGUACGCUGGAAUGGCGGAGGGAGUACAAGCCGGACCUGAUCCCACCCGACGAGGUCAAGAUAGAGGCAGAGACUGGGAAGAUUAUUAUCAACGGCUUCGAUAGAGAUGGGCGGCCAAUAAUCCACAUGCGACCAGACCGAGAGAACACAGAACAUACGCCUCGGCAGCUUCGGCACCUUGUCUGGUGUUUAGAACGCACGAAGGAUCUUAUGCCACCCGGCGUCGAGUCAUGCGUCAUCCUCAUUGACUACAGCAAGACGACUCUACGGACAAACCCGUCUAUAUCCGUAGCCCGCAAGGUCCUGCACAUUCUCCAAAAUCACUACGUAGAAACCCUCGGACGAGGCGUCGUAGUGAACCUCCCCACCCUGCUCAGCUUCUUCUACAAAGGCAUCUCGCCGUUCUUAGAUCCCGUCACCCGCGAUAAGAUCAGAUUCAACCCCAACUUGUUCGACCUCAUCCCGAAAGAGCACCUUUACAAAGAGUUCGGCGGCGAGUUCGACUACGAGUUCGACUUUGACUCGUACUGGGAGCAGAUCUGCUCAGCUUGUAAGAUCGCCCCUGAUGGCACACGAAUUGAAGACUCACCUGCUACGGCGACGAGCGAACACGAAUCAGGUGAUUCGACUCCCGCAACAUUAGUUGACAACCAGGACCAAUCUCCCGAAGGGCUCUCUAAGGAGGUGGAAGCCGUCGUGAACGCGCCGCCAGCCGAGCAAGCUGCGCCCAUCUCAUGAUCCUCCUGGAAGUUCCCAAAAGGCCAAGAUUAAAAGAUUCUCGCCAUUGCUCUGAAAGAUGUUUGCACUAAAUAACGUAGUGUCUCGCCCUGGUGGCUGGUAGUGUGUACAUGUGUAGUUAUACACGUAGUUGCGAAGAAUAAUAAAGAUGGUAUGCAGUGAAUACGG